AAGAGGCAACUAAAAGGCGUAAUUGGCUAAAUUUUCCUGUGUUUCAUAGAAUCGCAUCGUCUGUUGUUAGCGUUUAGUGCUGACACUGGUCUCCACACAAUCGAUGGCCUCCUUAUCCCUCUCAUCGCCUCCUUCCCUGUCUUCCUCACACCACACUGCCUCUACCCACCUUUUCCUGCGCACACCUAAUUCUGUCAAACUCCGCACAUGCCCCCACAGAACCGCCGUCUCCGUCAAAGCCCUCUCCGCCCCGGUCCUCACCCAAGAUGACCUUAAGAAGCUCGCCGCCGACAAAGCCGUCGAGUACGUCCGCAGCGGCAUGGUCCUUGGUCUCGGCACUGGCUCCACUGCCGCCUUUGUCGUCGCCAAGCUCGGCGAGCUCCUUAAGUCCGGUCAGUUGAAGGACAUUGUUGGAGUCCCCACCUCCAAGCGCACCGAAGAGCAAGCCCGCUCUCUCGGCAUCCCUCUCUCCGUCCUCGAUGACAAUCCCCAUCUUGAUUUGGCCAUCGACGGCGCCGAUGAGGUUGACCCUGACCUUAAUCUGGUCAAAGGCCGCGGUGGAGCUCUAUUGAGAGAGAAAAUGGUGGAGGCUGCCUCCGACAAGUUUGUCGUGGUUGUUGACGACACGAAAUUGGUGACCGGUCUUGGUGGAAGUGGAUUAGCAAUGCCGGUCGAGGUGGUUCAGUUCUGUUGGAAGUACAACUUGAUCAGGCUUCAAGAGUUGUUUAAGGAAGAAGGAUGUGAUGCGAAAUUGAGAUUAGAUGCGGACGGAAAACCCUAUGUGACCGAUAAUUCGAACUACAUAGUAGAUUUGUACUUCAAGACUCCGAUCAGGGAUGGGGUGGCCGCCGGUGCUGAAAUAUCGGCGUUGGAAGGCGUUGUGGAGCACGGGCUGUUCUUGAAUAUGGCCACUUCUGUGAUAAUUGCUGGGAAGAGUGGAGUUGAAGAGAAGAACAAGUGAUCGGUUGCGUCCUACACGUGACGGGUGAAGUGCUGUAGUAGGUCCUUGUUUCAAAUCUCGCCUUUUCUUUUCUUUUCUUUUCUUUUUUUGGCACCCCCGUUUUGUACCCUAUUGGAUGUAUUCUGAUGAACCCCAUGAGAUCAAUAAAUAUAACGUUGUUGAUGAAGUAA